UAUUGGCUAAUAACUUUCGCAGAUAGGGUAAAAAUUCGCUCCUUAUAAGGCUAUAUGAAAAUACGCGAAAAAAUUAAAAAUGAAAUCAAGGUCAGUGAAGUUGCGAAGGUGAAGAAAUCAUGAUGGUGUUAUCAAACGUAAAGUCGUAUUUAGCUUCAGGAAAUUUGAACGACCUUCAAAAAGUUUCAAGUUCUUUGAGAACUACGCUGGAUAAUAAACUGAGAGAUCCCGAUUUCUCAGUUUUAUUAGAUGAAGGCGCUGUGAAACGAAACGAAGAAGCUGAAAGUUUCAUCCCAAAGGAUCAUCUGCUAGCCAUCAGCUGUAAGGAUAAUUCUAUUCGGGCUCUCAGGUCAGUGACAGACGGUGAUUGUUUAUACAGCAGUGCUUCUCUGGCUGUUUCAGUUAUGAAGAAAGAAGAUUUUGAUUUGGUUAUAUUUUUAAUAACCUCCAAUCUGCAAAAAACAUUAUUUUAGUGCUGAAUAUGAAGAAAGAAGAAUGAAGAUUUUAGUUAUUGCACUAAUAACUUUCAAUCUAUAAAAAACAUUAUGAUGGUGUUAUGCUGUCUUAUUCCUGGUUUGAUUACAACCUUGCUAAUAAAUAUUGUAAUGUAUUUUAUGUUGUCAUUUAUUCCCCCAUUUUGAUCAAUUGUUCAGAAUACUUAACGUGUAUCGUGUAUCUCAGAGAG